ACAGCUGUGAUGUUCAUUCCCUUCUAUCCCAGGGUAGGGAGGGCUGUAGGUGACAGCCCACUAGCCCAGGGUUCAGCAUCAUGUCUUUGGUCUGCUCCCUCCAGUCCCUCCUUCUCUCUCUCCCUCCCUCCCUCCUCCCUGCAUCUGUCAGGCACUGGUGAGGUCCAUUCCCUCUCUGCUACACUCAGGACUGCAGCCUUCCUCCUCUCUGCACUGAACCAGUGGUUGCUGCGGAGCACUCUUAACUGUACAUUACAACAUGAGUAAAGAAACUGACUCAAAUUCUUCAUUCGAUUGGUCUCAUCUGCUAAGUUAUAAUGAGACAUACAAGUACCUCUACUUAGAAGGCAAUGUCUCCUAUGUGGACUACUACCAUCAUCAGCCCUCGGUGGCAGCUGUCUUCAUCAUCUCUUACCUCCUCAUCUUCCUGCUCUGUAUGGCUGGCAACGGAGUAGUCUGCUACAUUGUUCUGAAGAGCAAGCAUAUGCGAACAGUCACAAAUCUUUUCAUCUUAAACCUGGCUGUCAGCGAUCUACUGGUGGGAAUCUUCUGCAUGCCCACCACACUCCUGGACAACAUCAUUGCAGGAUGGCCAUUUGGGAGCAUGGUUUGCAAGAUGAGUGGGAUGGUCCAAGGAAUCUCUGUCUCUGCCUCCAUCUUCACUCUGGUUGCAAUUGCUGUAGACAGGUUUCGAUGCAUCGUUUAUCCAUUUAAGCAGAAGCUGACCACUUCAACUGCUGUCAUCAUUAUAACAGUCAUCUGGAUUCUGGCCAUUGCAAUCAUGUGUCCUUCAGCAGUCAUGUUGCAGGUGGAAGAAGAGAAGCAUAUAAGAGUCAUCCUUGGCUAUGGCAAUGAAACCCGCCCUGUAUAUUGGUGCCGGGAGAACUGGCCUAACCCAGGAAUGAGAAAGAUCUAUACAACGGUUCUGUUUGCCAAUAUCUAUCUUGCCCCCUUGUCACUCAUUGUUAUUAUGUAUGCUAGGAUAGGCAUUGCUCUCUUCAAUACAGCAGUGCCUACAGUGGGAAAGCACAGCCAGGAGCAGCGACACACUGUGUCCAAGAAGAAACAAAAAGUCAUCAAAAUGCUCAUUAUUGUGGCUUUGCUUUUCACCCUGUCCUGGCUUCCACUGUGGACUCUGAUGAUGCUUUCAGACUACGCCAACCUGUCAGAUAUCCAGCUGCAGAUCAUCAACAUUUAUAUCUAUCCCUUUGCCCACUGGCUGGCUUUCUUCAACAGCAGCGCCAACCCCAUCAUCUACGGUUUCUUUAAUGAAAACUUUCGCAGAGGCUUUCAGGCAGCCUUUAAACUUCAGCUCUGCUCUAAGGACAUCAUUCACAGGGAGGUCUACUCACAGCGAGGCCAAAGUAACGCCAUUUUGCCAGCUGCCAACUACCAAACACCCCAGGAUCAAGCUUGUCAAAAUGUCAAAGCAGAGAGAAAGCCAGUUAGGAAAGGAAACUGGAUGAAUAACCAGCAGGAUUUGAUGAUGGAGGAUCUUGAAUAGCCUUACAACAACAACAGGAUGUUGCUGUAAUGUUAUAGCAUGUUCAUAACAUGUUAUGAACUCUCUAAAAGACUUCUGUCCAACAUAAUUUCUUUACUGGGUUGUGGAAUUCAAGCUCUGUAAGGUAUUUCUAUUCUUAGAAAUAGAAAUAAUGUCGAGAUGUUUCUGUUUAGGAAAUGAUAUGCAACUUACUUAUUAUUUAAGCAUUUGACACAAGGAAGAAGCAAAAUUCAUCCUUCUCUAUCACCAGCUUAAUCCAGGGACAAACUCUGAAGUCAUUGAUGACUCACUGCUCCUGCACUGGUCUAGAGCAAAGUCCUGAUUAAAAUGAGAUUAUCUUCCCUACAUUGUGAAUUAAGAGAAAAACUAAGAUUAUUUACCCUGAUAUAACGAUACCUGACACUGAUAGAGACAACAUGCAUUUGCUUUUCUAAAUUUCUCGCAGUAGCUGGAACAGGGCUGUGUGUACAAUAACUAUGGUAUCAAUUCAGCAUUUAAGGCUAGUUAUUACUAACAUCUACAGUCUUCUUCUGAUAUCAGGCAACAAAAGUCACACAGCUGUCUGUAGUGGCCAUCUGGACUACCAUGCCAGGUAGAGAAGGGAACCAUGAAACUCACCAGGGCCCUCUGUGCACAUGCUCCUUCCUAGGGGGUUUGACUGCCAAGACUCAGGGCAGCUCUGAGCUAUGAUGCUGAAGGUAUCCCUUCCCACUGGUUAUUCCAGAGAGAUUCCCAGACAGCACUAUGAGGAUGUCACAGCACAUACUGGCAACUGCUUUUACAAUGAUGCUCCAGUGAUGGGUCCCUACUGCCUCACAGUCCCUCCCUCCACUGGUUAUAGGCCCUGUGGUUUCAGGCACUAAGUCUGAUCAGCAGGUCAACAUCCUUGAGUGAGCUCAGACCUGACUCAUCACCAUAAACUUCUCUGACAGUCACAGACCCACAGCUAAACCUGGUUUCACAUCCAGCCCUAUUCCCUCGCUGGGGCUGCAGGGUGGACCCUGGCUAGUAAGGAGCUUGCUCUGCAACACCACUCAUUUUCAUAGGGAGAAGCCAGCCCUUGCAGCAUUCUAAGGGAAUCAUCUGGUCUGGAUAUUUUAGUUUUCUAUUGCAUUAAGAGCUAAAUGUAUCUAUAGACCAACACACCUGCAAAUGAGAUUUAUAUAAAAUUCCUCUACCAAAAGCCCGACUAAUCCAAUAAACUCACAUCAUGAUUAACAUACUGCAGAUCUGCUCAGCAAUGGGCUCUUGGUACUACAAUUUUGGGUGUUUCAAGUGAAGCAUAAGUUUGUUUCUGGAAUGUAUCAGUCUGUUACCCUCUUAAAUACUGGAAAUACAGUCUGAACAUCUGAACUUAACUCACCAGUUUGUAGAUCUUCAUGUACUUGUACUUCUGCCAGGUAAUCUUGAACGCCAAUCACUUCCUAUCAAAUGGUCAAAGUAAGCAUUGUUCAUAAUGUUCUCUUCAUUCCCUUUUCUGGUUGUUCCCUUCUUGUUAAUACUGUGAUAUCAAUUGUACUUGGAGUUCAAAAAAAUAAAGUGAAUAUUUGUGAAAUAAAGGAUGAAAAAAUGGCUUAUGGUAACAAUUUGGGUGUGGCUCUUUUUGU